CUUAAUGUCACACAAGCAACUCAUAGCUAAAAAUAGACGCUUUAAAACCUGUGGACCGGUAUCUUGUGAAAUGACGUAUGAAACGACUUUAGAACGUCUUUCGUCUUCUUUGUAGCUGUAGCAUAGGGCACUAAGAAAUGGCGAAAAUUGUGGUAUUUGUGUGCUUAGGUGUACUACUUGGUCAAUGCUUCAGCGUUAACCCAACAUUUACUUCAGGUAGCCCAACAACAACUCUAAAUAUCUCGACCACAGGAAGCCCAAUACCUCUAAAUAUCUCUACCACAGGAAGUCCAACAACAUCUCCAGAAGUCUUCACAACAGGAAGUCCGAUAGCAUCUCCGAAUAUCUCGACAACAGAAAGCCCAUCAGCAUCUCUAAAUAUCUCAACCACAGAAAGCCCAACAGUAUUUACAAAUGGUUCCACCACAGGAAGUCCAAUAACAUCUCCAGAAGUCUUCACAACAGGAAGUCCGAUAGCAUCUCCGAAUAUCUCGACAACGGAAAGCCCAACAGCAUCUCUAAAUAUCUCAACCACAAAAAGCCCAACAGUAUCUACAAAUGGUUCCACCACAGAAAGCCAAAUAACUCUCAAUAUCUCUACCACAGGAAGUCCAACAACAUUUCCGAACAUCUCAACUACAGAAAGCCCAACAUCUCUAAGUAUCUCUACCACAGGAAGUCCAACAACAUCUCCAAACAUCUCAACCACAGAGAGCCCAACACCUCUAGUUAUUUCGACCACAGGGAGCCCAACACUCCUAAAUAUAUCGACGACAGGAAGUCCAACAUCUCUAAGUAUCUCUACCACAGGAGGUACAACAACAGAUAUGUCGUCCACAGGAAGUCCAAAAGACACAUCUUCCACAAAUAGGCCAACAACGUCCGAAAAUGCAUAUACCACCGAAAGACCAACAACACCCCAAAAAUCAUCUUUCACAGGCCAACCAACAGAGGGCAAACUUGGCCAAUCACACAAGCUCCGGGCAGGAAGUAUCGUGGGCAUCACAGUCGUUGUUUUGCUUCUUGUGGUGUUUGCAGUCGUUGCCGGAUAUUGCGUCAUCAAGAAAGUCAAGGAGCGCAGGCUGGGUCCGUACAGACACACACAGUUUGUCAACAUGAAGGAAAUCUAGACGCCACAGGUAGCUCACGCAUGAAAGCCUCCCUUGAUAUCUGGCCGGGAGGUAACCAUCUCAAGUAUAUUUUAAGGCCUGGGUAGUUUGUUCUUAGCAGCGAAUAUAACUUUUUGCCUUAAACAUUGUUAACAUCGCCUUAAAUUCAUUCUUUUUGGCAAGAUGAUUAAAGUCGACGGCCUUAACAUUUUCGUAAUGUUUUCUUGCUGAUGAUGACGUCACAUAAUAGAUCACGUGACAAAAUAGUUUUUUGACUUUCCGCCGGUGGGGAAAACAGGUUGGACAAAGGUGUUUACUAAAUAAGUUUUGACUUUAUGUGUGUCAUAUGAUAGCGUUUUAGCAUCCGGAAUUUUCUCUGCCGUUAACAAGAUAUUAAAUAUUUUGUUAGGUCACGUGACCUGUUGCGAAUUAAAAUGUUGAUUUGUGACCGAAAGGCUAAACUUUUCUUGCCGGUUAAGACAUCAGUGUGCAGACGUGUUUCAAAGGAACAUAAAAACAUGCGAUGUUUUCUUUUUCAUAGCGUAUCCACCAGCGGAGAAUUUUUUGAAAUAUUGAUCUGUAAAAGUCAGGUGAUCGGCUGGAUGACGUCAUGACUCAAAAUAAAAUAUUACCAAUCAGCUUACAUUACCGAGUUUGAUGUUUUGACCAAAAAUGGUUCAUUUAAGGCAAUGUUAACUCACUUUAAGGCAACUUUCAAAAGUUCAACUGUUUUAGCUUAGGAUCCAAGCCUUAAUAUACUUGAGAUAUUUGUUUCGCGGUAAAUAGAUUGAUUUUCGUUACCUACACGUUAGAUUUCAAAUGGAGGAACCUUGUAUUUAAGUACAUUCUUUUUAAAGAAUUUUAAUUUAAAAAAAGGAUAUCAAAUAGAAAUGUGAACGUGACCAAUUAAAUGAGAAAAUGGAGGAAUGGAAAUGUAAAACAGCAGGAUUAUGAGGCCAUUUCCUUACAAUAUAACUCGUAACGCUCCAGGGCAGCGCCAAGAAACGUUUAAUUCAGCCAUUAAGAAAUUGUAAAAGCCUGUAUUGCAUAAAAGAUAAUGCACUUG